AUGGAUUGUACGAUGUGGACUUACUCUGAAAGUGCUGCUGCUGAAGACCUCGCAAAUUUGCAGGCAUUAUGGAAUCAGCUGAGGAGAACUGAAAAGAGCCUACAAACCGUAGAGGAAGAGCUUUCCAGUGAACGUUAUGGCCCCUGCUUGGAUGAGGCUGUAGACUUCACUCUGGAGGACCUUGUUCAGCCUAACUGCAACUAUCAAGGCUUCUCCAACUGUAAGAAGAAUACUGGUAAAACAUCUUGCCAGGACUUUCAAAGGAAAUCUGAAUCUUACUCAGUAUCCACAAUUUCUCAUAAAACCACGGAAGAAAAUGAACAUCUUAAGGAGAAGCUGGAUGCCCUUCAUGAGCUAAAUGCGUCUUUGACUUCUCAGAACCACUACCUAAUGAACAGAGUGGAAACAAUGAACUUUGAAUUGGUGCAGUCAAAAACAAGAAUUUCUUAUCUUGAAUCAGCUUUAGGUACACGUUUAGUCAGCAUUCCAAAGCUGAAAGAACAGAUUGUAAACUUGGAAGCAGAAGUUUCAGCUCAAGAUAAAAUUCUCAGAGAUGCAGAAGAUAAACUAAAUCAAAGCCAGAAAACAGCAAUGGAAAGAGGAAACAUGUUGCAGAGAUAUAAAAAAGACUAUAAAAACCUGAAAAUGGAGUUAAUUGAACAAAACAAGCAAGGAAAGAGGGCAGAACAGCAAAGAAAUGAAGCUUUGCUGGGUGUGGAGGAGCUGACAAGAGCUUUCAAAAAGUAUAAAGAGAAAGUAACUGGAAAAUUAGAAAAGGUUAAAGCUGAAGAAGUAAUCUUGGGAAAACGUUUGAUUAGUUGUGAAAAAGAAAAAGAGAAGUUGAAUGAAAAGUGUGUCAGCUACAGAAAGGACCUUGACAUCCUAGAAGAGCAAUUGAGGCAAUUAAAGGAAGAGAAUCAUAGCACAAAAGAAGAAAUUAAGACUCUUGAGGCAAAGAACACUGAAAUGGUGUCAAUGCUGGCUCGAUCUGAUCAGAAGAUCAUGGAGCUUGAGAGUGAACUUCAUGAAAAAGAAAUAGUACUUCAAGAGAAAAAUGUUCUAAUAAGUGAAAACACAGAGCUGAGAGCACUUACUGCACAGCAGCGUAACCGCUUGAAAUUAUGCCAUCAAGAAAUUGAAGAUUCAAGGGAAGAGCUCCACAUACUAGAAACCAUUAUUUCCCAGUUGUCUCUAAGUACACCUGAAGAGUUUAAAUGGCACCACUGGAAACACCAGCUAUCCAGCUCCUCAACAAAAGAAGCUCUCUCUGAAUCUUGUGAAUUGAAUAAACCUCUGAUUGCAGACCAAAGCAUUAAACUGGCAAUGAAAGAAGCAGAAGUUCAGAAGCCUUGUGCAAAUGUAACUGUCUGUACUGGAGCUGAGCAUCUUUCUAAUGAUAAUAAAGGACAAGAAAAUAGCACGUUAUGUGACCUGGAAACAGAGCCUGUCAAAUUGCUCAGAAGUCAAGGUAAGCUUACAGGAAGGAGAAAAUGUCAACAGUUGGAACUUAUCAGCAAACAAUUUGAAAAGGAGAGACAAAGAUUCCAGAAAGAGAUAGAAGAAUUACGCACUAAACUGACAAAAGCAGAUGAUGAGAAUUCUUCUUUGAAGACCAGCAUGGCUCAGAGAGCCAGUCAUUUUCAAGUCAUGCAGGAAGACCUAUUGAAGAAGGCUUCAAAAGCUAGUAGCUUAGAGAAAGAAAUAACAAAGAAAUCUUCUCAACUUUCUGCACUUGAGAAACAGUUGGAAGAAAAAACUAUUGCUUACUCCACUGCUGCAACAAGAAAUACUGAGUUGGAACAGGAACUCAUGGAAAAAAACAGAUGCAUUCAUGAGUUGGAAACAGCUAUCAGUGAAGAACAUGAGCAAGUAACUUCUGCCUUAGAAAAAACAGCAUUGGCUCACCUUGAGCAGCACAAAGAGAUGGAGAAAGAGAUACAACUACUUCAGACACAGCUGGUGAAGAAAGAUCAACAAUUAAUUGCACAAGAGAAAACAAUAUCUAUGUUGCAACAAGAUGUUAUACAUAAACAGCAUCGCAUUGAAUCAUUGGAUGGGCUGCUGGUAGAAAGCAGAGAGGAAAUGGAGAAUCAGAAUGUCAAGAAAGAUCAAGGAUUGAAGAUGCUGAAAAGUCAGUUAACAGAAGAAACAGUCAGAGUGAGACAACUUGAGUCAGCACUAGACGUAUGCAAGGAAGAAGUUGCACUGUAUCUGCAUCAGUCACAAGAAAAUAAGGAAUUAUUUGAAAAUCAACUCAAGAAAAAGACUGAAGAGGUUCUUUAUUUACAGAAAGAAAUAAAAAUAAAAGAUGUGAAUAUUCAGGACACAAGUGAACAAAAUAUUCUCCUACAACAAACUUUGCAUCAUCAGCAGCAAAUGUUACAGCAAGAAACUAUUAGAAAUGGGGAGCUGGAAGAUAAUCAAAUUAAACUUGAAAAACAGGUAUCCAAUUUAGAACAAGAGCUUCAGAAGCAGAAAUUCUCUGCAGAAGAUGAGUUGAGAAAGGCAGAGGAGAAGCAUCGCCUAGCUGCUCAGGAAGCAGAUUUAAACAGACAGAAGGUGGAUGAACUUAAUAGCACAAUCAGACAAAUUAAAAUGGAGAUGGAGCAGUGCAAGAAUGAACUUACUGGUAUGGAAAAAGAAGUUGUGCAAUUAAAACAAGAUGGUGAAAACAAACAAAUGCAGAUAAAUCAGUUGGAUAUUACUUUGGAGGAAACACGAUCAGAACUCAACGAAAAGGCAAAUGAGGUGAAUGAAUUAGAAGAUAAGCUGUUUCAAAGUGAGACUUGCCACAGGGAAGCCUUACAGAAAAUAGCAGAACUAGAGUCAGCAUUACAGAAUGCCCAGUCCUCUCUGGAGGAGAAGCAUGUUGCUGUCGUGAAUCUAACAACGGAGCUCAGGUAUUGCAAGGGAGAAAUUGAAGACAAAAAGCAAGAACUCCUUGACAUGGACCAAGCACUGAAAGAAAGGAAUUGGGAACUGAAACAAAGAGCAGCUCAGAUUACACAGUUGGAUAUGACAGUUCGUGAACAUAGGGGAGAAAUGGAACAACAAAUAAUUCAAUUAGAGUGCAAUUUAGAGAAGUCAGAGCUAGAAAUUAAGGAAUGCAAUAAACAGAUUGAGAGCUUAGAGAAGAAACUCCAGCAUUCCAAAGACAAGCUUCGUGAAAAGGAGUUUGAAUUACUCCAGAGAGAUCAAGAAAUAAAUCAGCUGAAGAAAAAAAUUGAAAGGAAACAAGCAGAAGCUCUUGAAAAGGACUUUUAUAAUAGCAAGGCAUCAGGGAAGAAAUCCACUUGUCAUUCUUUUGCAAGAGAGUGA